AUGGAUCCCAGAACAACAGUCGCGCCGCCUAGAGACCAUGCGACGGUUUCUCCAGAGGCCAAGAAGCCGCAACAGAUCUCGGUCGGUGGUUUCCGAAUCUCGACACAAAAGCUACCCAUCCUCAAGGCCGAGCCCAUUGAGGAAAUGACCAAAAAUCUGGGCAUUGCGCCCCCAGAGAUGAUUUUCGGCGAUAACUACGUUACCAUCGAACAUCCAACCACUGGCUGGGGAAUUAACUUCAAUGCGUUUGACGCUCUGGAUUUGGUGGACAAGACGGGCCAGUCAAUGCUCCAGGUAGCAUAUUCUAAGGAGUGGCAGCAAAGCAGGGAGAAAGCCCAUGAUGGGAUUAAAGAAGUCGUCAAGCCAUUUGACUGGUCAUACAGUACCGACUACAAAGGUACCCUCAGUUCGAAUGCACGACCCUUCGAGGAAACAACGAAGCAGAUUCCCAUCGAACUCUUGAAACGCCCCGACCCGAUUCUAUUCUUUGAUGAGGUCGUCCUCUACGAGGAUGAGUUGGCCGACAAUGGAAUUGCAAUGCUGUCUUGCAAAAUCCGAGUGAUGCCAGAGCGACUUCUCCUCCUGACUAGAUUCUUCAUGAGACUAGAUCAUGUCUUGAUUCGCCUUCGGGACACCCGGGUUUAUAUCGAUUUCGAAAAUCGCGAGGUGAUCCGGGAAUAUCAGUCGAAGGAGUGCGAAUACGAGAAGGUUAGACAGAUGCUCGCGGGUACUCGGGAUGAUAUUCCAGCCCUAAUGAGAGAUGCCAACCGGCUGUCUGAGCUGCUGCCUCUCAUAGACAAACGCUCUGAACGAGUUGUGCUCGAUAAUUGA